AUCUUACAUCGCGAUAUUGUUGGCUGGAACUGUUGGCUGGCUUGCUGUUGGCUAGCUUAUUGUUGGCUGACUCUACUCCGGCAGUGACAUCAUCAUUCACCUUUAAUAAGCUUUUGAUCACAAAUACUGAGUAACACAGUAGGGCAUAGGAAAGACAGAGGAAAGGUCUUCUUUGAAGGGAUCUCAUCUUGUUGACGUAGCCAUGUCACUGAAGCCGAGGAUUGUGAAUUUUGAGGAAACUUGGGGUAGGCUGCUAGAGACUGUCCAGACGGUCAUCCAGUUGGGAGACAUCAAAAGGGCCACUUGGAGCGACAGAUUUCCAGAUGUGUAUGCUUUAUGUGUAGCUUUCCCUGAGCCGCACAGUGAAAGGCUGUACAAUGAGACUAAAUCAUUUCUUGAAGAGCAUGUGGAUAACCUCAGAAAGCAAGUGGCUGGUGCUGGGGAAUCCUUGCUAUCUCAGUAUCAUCGAUUCUGGCAACAGUAUAGCAAAGGAGCUGCUUAUAUGGAUCAACUCUACUCAUAUCUGAACCAGCACAUACGCAAGCAGAAGAUGAGUGAGGCCGACAGGAACUUUGGUGCUUUCACAGAUACAAUAGAAGAGCAACUGAUGGACAUAGGCGAAUUGGCCCUGGAUAUCUGGAAAAGGUUGAUGAUUAGACCACUCGAUAGGAAUCUCCAAGAACUUCUCCUUCGAGAAUUGUUUAAAGAUCGAGCAGGAGAAGACACACAACAUAUAGUCCUUCAUAGUGUUAUCAAUUCACUGGUUGAAGUUGAACAGUACAAGAAGAAACAACAGCUCAAGCUUUACCAAGACUUAUUUGAGAUCAAAUGCUUAGAACAAACAGGAGCAUUCUAUAGGAAAGAGGCUGCUAGAUUACUACAAGAUCAUGACUGUUCACAGUACAUGGCCAAGGUGUUACAAAGGCUCCAAGAAGAACAGCUAAGAAGUCGAAAGUUCCUUCACCCCAGCUCCUACGACCGGGUUCUAGAGGAGUGUCAGAAGAGAAUGGUAGCAGAUCAUAUGUCAUUACUCCAGUCUGAAUGUAGAAUGAUGGUUCGACAUGAGAAGAGACAAGAUCUUUCAAGAAUAUACGAGCUUCUAAAACCCUUCUCAAGUGGGAUAAGUAUCAUGGUGAAGGAAUUAGAAACACACAUAGUCGAUUCGGGUCAACAGGCAAUAGCCGGGCUACAUGGAGACAAUAUACCAGCCCAGUUUGUAGAAGCAAUGCUGUCAUUACACGGCAAAUUUUCAGAAAUGAUAACAACAGUCUUCAAUAAAGAUCAACUCUUUACAAAAUCAUUAGAUAUGGCAUGUUCAUCAGUAGUCAACAAGAAGCUUUCUCCAAAACACAAUUCAUGUAAAUCACCAGAACUGCUGGCACGGCAUUGUGAUGCAUUACUGAAGAAGACUUCGAAAGGGAGCAGCGAAUCAGAACUCGAUGACAGGUUAGGGCAAUGCAUUCUGGUCUUCAGAUAUAUAGACGACAAAGACAUCUUCCAAAGGUUCUAUGCACGUAUGUUAGCGAAGAGAUUAAUACACGGUCUAUCAACAUCAAUGGAUGCAGAGGAAGCCAUGAUUAAUAAACUAAAGCAAGCGUGUGGGUACGAGUUCACUAAUAAGCUUCAUCGGAUGUUCACUGAUAUGGGGGUCAGCGAUGAUCUCAAUAACAAAUUUGCCAGGUUUUGCCAAGAGAAGGAGACGGACCUCGGGAUCAACUUCUCUAUCUACGUCCUCACGACCGGUUCAUGGCCUCUUGGCCAGUCUGCUCUCACACCGUUUGCAAUGUCACAAGAACUAGAGAAGAGUGUUAGAAUGUUUGAAAUUUUCUACAGUGAAAAGUUCCCAGGAAGGAAACUAACAUGGCUGCAUCAUUUGUGUACAGGUGAACUAAAGCUGAACUACUUGAAGAAGCCGUACAUCGUAACCACCACCACGUUCCAGAUGGCUGUAUUACUCAUGUUCAACAACCAAGACACCGUGCAGUAUUCAGAGUUAAUCAAUAGUACUCUGAUCAAUGAGAAAGAACUCGUUAAAACAGUCCAGUCUCUCAUCGAUACCAAGUUCAUCGAACAGAACAAUGAGGGCCCAAUCACAGAGAGCACAUGCUUCAAACUAAAUCUUGCAUACUCUAACAAGAGGACAAAGUUCAAGAUUACAACAGCUAUCCAGAGAGAUCCACCCCAGCAAGAAGUAGAACAAACUCACAACGCAGUGGACGAGGAUAGGAAACUCUAUCUCCAAGCAGCCAUCGUCAGAAUCAUGAAAGCACGCAAGAAACUCAAACACAACAUGCUCAUACAAGAGGUAAUAUCUCAGGCCAGGGCUCGCUUCUCACCCAGCGUAAGCAUGAUCAAGAAAUGCAUAGAGGCCCUCAUCGACAAGCAGUACUUAGAACGGACACUCAAAGCCGAUGAAUACGCCUAUGUGGCAUAGCCUCGUCCACGGUCCCACCCAUUCAUUAUCCUGUGGUGUCGCAGUGAACACUUUGGCUGUUUGAUGAUUUCAUGUAGGAGAUGGAUACUGUGAAGUGUUUGUGCUUCAUUUUCGUUUGGCCAGUGUGUGAAGGUCGAGAAGAUCACUCGCGUGAAAUGAAAUGAAAUGGGGAACUGCCGAACUGAAGCUGUAGAAUGAUUGGUGCCGCAAGGGGACAAAGUCAAUGCGAACGAUGUCAGUGUUUUAUACCGAAAAAAAUGCCUGUCUGUUGAAGAUGGUCUAAAACUCUGCCAUUACUGACUACUGAGUUCUGUGAUUCCCAUAGACUUUGUAUGGGGAGAAUUAGGUUCCAGUAAACAAGAGGUUACCGUUAAUAGAGCAAGAAGAUGAUGAAUUGAGCAGAGCCGAACGGAUGAACCUCGAUUUUUAUACAGGAAUACAUGAAGCUUUCACCAAGAGACAUUGUGGGAAGCUACAGCGUUUCAUCCAGCAAGGAGUAUAUAGAUCAUCCUUUACUACUCAAUAUCCACAAUUGCUGUAGAAGAGGACACGCAGAUACAGAAAUUUAUUUGGAUAUCAAUUUUUUUUUAAAUGAGCAUGAGCAUUGCAGUUCUUUUCACCCAAUUCAUACCAAUGUACCUUGCAUGAUGUGGGCCCAUCUCCGCUCCCUGAUUAGUAUUCCACCUGUACCAGAGUUUCUUCACUGCGAACAUGUGUUGUCUUGCAUUUAGCAACCGUGUGGCCUCCGUUUUGCUCCUGUGUGAAGAGAAAGAUAAGAGAUUUGAACCUCGAACCUUCCCAUCUUAAGUGCAGUCUCUUUACCGCUUUGCCACAAGGAUUUGAUGCUGCCAAUGGUUUAUUUUUUAUUACAAUAAAUGUAGUUAUACCCUGGGCUUGAAGUCGUGAACAUCAAUGCUUGCUUAAGGGAGAUUACCUCGUGAAUAUUAAUGUACCUGCUGGAUCUAUGGAAAUAUAAUCUCAACCAUAUUAAUAAUUUCUUUAAUUUGGGCUUUCCAUAAUCUUGGCAUGGAUUUAGAUGAAAGCUGAAGUUAAAUCACGCCAGGGCCCUGUUGCAUAAAAGUUACUAUCAAGGUAACUUUACCAUCCAAUGGUAACUACCAUGGUAACAAAAAAAAAACUACCAUGGUAACAAUGCCAAGCAGCAAAUCAGAAUCAAGGAUUUCAGGCAAGUUACCACAGAAGUAACUUUUAUGCAACGGGGCCCAGAAUAUGGGCAUUUGCUGUGCCCAACUACAUGAAAUAACACUUGAAAUUCUUAUUCUGGCUAUAAAAAUAAAAUAAUCUGGGUGAAUGAAAUAUGCAUACAGCCAUGAAUUACAUUAUCAACAUAAGUGCUUUUCCUUUUGUGUAAUAGACUUUAUAGGCCAAGAAACUUUUAAUUAUAUAUGCAUAACCAACUUUGUAUUUCAAAGUACCAUGAUUGUCCUUCAAAACUGGCAAAUCUACAGUAUGACCCUUUGAACCCGAAAAGCCAGAAUACCGGCUUCACCAUGAACGCGCAUAUACCCUAAUAGCCAGAAUACAGGCUUUAACUCAUGUGAUUCGAAAGGCAAGGAUUUUAGGUGUCGGGUGACCUACAUGUAUAAAAAUGACGUCAUUUUAUAGAUAUUCAGUCCAUAACUUCUGUUUAUAAUUUUGUUGACGAUUGGCUUUCAUUUAUAACGUUUUAGCAUAAAAAAUGGCCCAAAUAUACUACCCUACCAAGAAGGCUCAUGCGAUAAUACAUGGCGAGUCGUAUACGGACUUCAUGUGUAUGUGUAUGCUGAUAUUAUUGUUAGUACGGGAAGCUAAACAACAUCAGCCGGGUCAGGCCGGGUACCAGCGGAGCAUAAGGUGCCGCUGAUAUGGUUUGGCUAGAAUCAUGAGAAUAGGAGAUCAUUGUUUGAAAGAGUAAACUGUUACGGAGUCAUGCCUUCUUAAAAAUCUCUUUUCAUUUUUUCCCCUUGAAAUGAAUAUUCCUUAUUGAUGCUGUGAGUUGUUGCUUUUUUAUUUUGUCUUCAUGGCAAAAGUCAAAUUUGAAAGAAAAAAUAUCAUAGGCUGCAAGUUUACAUCUGAAAGUGUUAUCUUAUGUACAUGUGUAAGAGUAGAUUAACAGAACUUUCAAGUGGAUAUAGAGAUGUUAGAACUAGACAUUUCCUGAUAAGUCGGACAUAUUUCUUUAUGCAUGCCUUAUUCUAAAAAUGAUGAACAGCAACGAAAAAUGUAUGAUGCGUAACAUAGAACAUAAAUGCCCAACCCUAUUUGUGUCUCGCCUUCAUAGCAGAGCGAGCCUAUAGGCACCGCCUUUCCGAUGGCGUUGGUGGUGGUGGCGGCCAAGGUUAAGUUUUUGAAGUGUCAUCAUAACUCAGAAAGUAUAUGGACCUAGUUCAUGAAACUUGGUCAUUAGGGUAAUCAAGUAUUACUAAACAUCCUGCCCGAGUUUCAGGUCACAUGACCAAGGUCAAAGGCCAUUUAGGGUCAUUGAACUUAGACCAUGUUAGGGGAAUCAAAAUCUUAACCAAGGUUAAGUUUUUAAAAUAUCGUCAUAACUUUGAAAUUUUAUGGAUCUAGUUCAUGAAUCCUGGACAUAAGGGUAAUGGUGUAUCACUCCAUCCUGGCAUCCUGCCAUAAUUUUUAGGUCACAUGACCAGGGUCAAAGGUCAUUUAGGGUCAACAAUCUUACAUGUAGGCCAUGUUUGGGGUAAUUGUUGAAUUGCUAUUAUAACUCUGAAAGUUUAUGGAUAUAAAUUUAGUUUAUGAAACUUAGACAUAAGAGUAACGGUGUAUCACUGAAUAUCCUAUGCGAGUUUCAGGUCACAUGAACAAAGUCAAAGGUCAUUUAGGAUCAACAAACUUUAGGCAAUUUUUUUUUAAAUGAGCAUGAGAUAAUUGCAGUUCUUUUCACCCAAUUCAUACCAAUGUACCUUGCAUGCCCAUCUCCGCUCCCUGAGGAGUAUUCCACCUGUACUAGAGUUCCUUCACUGCGAACAUGUGCUGUAUUGCAUUUAGCAACCGUGUGGCCUCCAUUUUGCUCCUGUGUGAAGAGAUAGAUAAGAGAUUUCAACCUCGAACCUUUCCAUCUUAAGUGCAUUCUCUUUACCGCUUUGCCACAAGGAUUUGAUGCUGCCAAUGGUUUAUUUUUUAUUACAAUAAAUGUAGUUGUACCCUGGGCUUGAAGUCGUGAAUAUUAAUGCUUGCUUGAGGGAGAUUACCUCGUGAAUAUUAUUAAAUGUGCCUGCUGAAUCUAUGGUAAUAUAAUCUAAACCAUAUUUAAUAAUUUCUUUAAUUUGGGAUUUCCAUAAUCUUGGCAUGGAUUUAGAUGAAAGCGGAAGUUAAAUCAGACCAGGGGCCCAUAACACAAAGCUUAGCAAUGAUCGUAGAACAUUUUUCUACGAUUGAUUGCAUUGACUACAAUGUAUAAUCAAUCGUGGAAAUCAAGCGUACGACUAAUCGCUAACCUUUGUGUUACGGGACCCAGGACCCCAUUGCAUAAAAGUUACUAUCAUGGUAACUUUGCCAUCCAAUGGUAGCUACCAUGGUAACAAUGCCAAGCAGCAAAUCAGAAUCAAGGAUUUCAGGCAAGUGACCACAGAAGUAACUUUUAUGCAACGGGGCCCGGAAUAUGGGUAUUUGCUGUGCCCAACUACAUGAAAUAACACUUGAAAUUCUUAUUCUGGCUAUAAAAAUAAAACAAUCUGGGUGAAUGAAUUAUGCAUAUAGCCAUGAAUUACAUUAUCAACAUUAAGUGCUUUUCCUUUUGUGUAAUAGACUUUAUAGGCCAAGAAAAUUUUAAUUAUAUAUGCAUAACCAACUUUUUAUUUCAAAGUACCAUUCUUGUCCUUCAAAACUGGCAAAUCUACAGUAUGACCCUUUGAACCCAAAAAGCCAGAAUACCGGCUUCACCAUGAACGCGCAUAUACCCUAAAAGCCAGAAUACAGGCUUUAACUCAUGUGAUUCGAAAGGCAAGGAUUUUAGAUGUCAGGUGACCUAUAAAAAUGACGUCAUUUUAUAGAUAUUCAGUCGAUAACUUCAGUUUAUAAUUUCAUUGACAAUUGGCUUUCAUUUAUAACGUUUUAGCAUAAAAAAUGGCCCAAAUAUACUACCCUACCAAGAAGGCUCAUGCGAUAAUACAUGGCGAGUCGUAUACGGACUACAUGUGUAUGUGUAUGCUGAUAUUAUUGUUAGUACGGGAAGCUAAACAACAUCAGCCGGGUCAGGCCGGGUACCAGCGGAGUAUAAGGUGCCGCUGAUAUGGUUUGGCUCGAAUCAUGAGAAUAGGAGAUCAUUUAUUUCAAAUGUCAUGUAUUCCUUCAUUUUGUGGAAAAUCUUGGUAUCGGCAAAUAAUUCAGGGUGAGGGUCACGAUCGUCCCAAUUAAUUCAGGGUUCAAAGGGUUAAAACAAGAAAAGUUUGGGUACAGUUUCUCAUAAAAAUGAGAAAAGUUGUGAGUGGAAAGUCAUGCAUAAAAUAGUAGACACGUUGUGGACUAGUGGGUCUGACUCUCACCCAAAUGGAAUCCUAGCCAUACUGUGCUAUCUUUCAGCAAGAAAUUUAUCCGCACUGUGCUGCACUCAACCCAAGGAAGGUGAAUGGACUAAUUCCUUGAAAUGCACUGAGCGCUGUUGAAAAAUUGGUAGCCCGAGGUAAGGCUGGGGUAAUAGUAGCAAGCUCUUUGUAUCCUAGGCAAAAAGCGCUAUAUAAAUCCAGCUAUUAUUAUUUGUGUUAAUUAUGAACGCCGUGUUGAAAAUUACCCCUUGGCCAUUCAGUUUUUGUACGGAUAGAAAGAAAGGAUUGUUUGAAAGAGUAAACUGUUAUGGAGUCAUGCCUU